AGGAAGCGGAAGUGCAGGGGUGGCUGGCAACUGGGUUACUGCUUUGAGAAACCGGCUUGUGAGCCGCGGCGGGAAAGGCGCGUGUCGGUUUCUCACUGGCGCAGCCUCCACCGCGGUCGUCGCUGUCCCGCCCUGCCCGGGCGUCGUUGCUAGCACCGGAGUGGACGAAGCGCGGCCCGGGCAUGGGCAGCCGGGGGGAUGCGAACGCCGCGGGUGCCUCGGCUGCGCGUUGGGUGACAGGGUUUUGUUACAACAUGGGACUUCUGAUUGUGCUGGCUUCACUGUGCCUGUUUUCUUUGGUAGAGGCCAACUCAAAAGCCAUUACAACCUCUCUUACCACAAAGUGGUUUUCUGCUCCACUGCUAUUGGAAGCCAGUGAGUUCUUAGCAGAAGACAGUCAAGAGAAAUUUUGGAGUUUUGUAGAAGCCAGUCAAAAUAUUGGAUCAUCAGAUCAUCACGAUUCUGAACAUUCCUAUUACAAUGCGAUAUUGGAAGCCGCGUUUCAGUUUCUGUCACCUUUACAGCAGAAUUUGUUGAAAUUUUGUCUCUCUCUCCGUUCCUACUCAGCCUCAAUUCAAGCCUUCCAGCAGAUUGCAGUUGAUGAACCUCCACCAGAAGGAUGUAAGUCAUUUUUUUCAGUACAUGGGCAGCAGACCUGUGAUUUUGAUUCUCUGGAAACCCUUGUACUAACUGCACCUGACAGAAUCCCAGGAAGGAGCCAGUUUACCUUUCUGGCUAUGGUGUAGAAUUGGCAAUUAAGAGCACGGAGUACAAGGCCAAGGAUGAUACUCAGGUGAAAGGAACUGAUGUGAAUACCACAGUCAUUGGUGAAAAUGAUCCUAUUGAUGAGGUUCAGGGGUUUCUUUUUGGAAAAUUACGAGAAUUGUACCCCAACUUGGAAGGACAACUGAAAGAAUUCCGAAAGCAUCUUGUGGAGAGCACCAAUGAAAUGGCACCCUUGAAAGUUUGGCAGCUGCAAGAUCUCAGUUUCCAGACUGCUGCCCGCAUCCUGGCUGCCCCUGUGGAGUUAGCUUUGGUGGUGAUGAAAGAUAUUAGUCAGAAUUUUCCUACCAAAGCCAGAGCAAUAACCAAAACAGCUGUGAGCUCACAACUUAGAACGGAAGUGGAAGAGAACCAGAAGUAUUUCAAGGGAACUAUAGGAUUGCAGCCUGGAGAUUCAGCUCUCUUCAUCAACGGACUUCAUAUUGAUUUAGAUACCCAGGAUAUAUUCAGUCUGUUUGACACAUUGAGGAAUGAAGCCCGGGUAAUGGAGGGGCUGCACAGACUAGGAAUAGAAGGCCUUUCUCUGCAUAAUAUUUUGAAGCUCAACAUCCAGCCCUCUGAGACUGACUAUGCAGUAGACAUCAGGAGUCCUGCUAUUUCAUGGGUCAACAACCUAGAGGUUGAUAGCCGAUAUAAUUCAUGGCCGUCUAGUUUACAAGAGUUACUUCGACCCACCUUUCCUGGAGUUAUACGGCAGAUCAGGAAAAACUUGCAUAACAUGGUUUUUAUUGUUGAUCCUGUACACGAGACCACAGCUGAGUUGAUUAGCAUAGCUGAGAUGUUCCUCAGCAAUCACAUACCAUUAAGGAUUGGCUUUAUCUUUGUGGUCAAUGACUCGGAAGAUGUUGAUGGCUUGCAAGAUGCUGGAGUCGCUGUUCUGAGAGCAUAUAAUUAUGUUGUCCAAGAAGUGGAUGGUUAUCACGCCUUCCAGACUCUCACACACAUCUAUAACAAGGUGAGGACUGGAGAAAAAGUGAAAGUUGAGCAUGUGGUCAGUAUCUUGGAGAAGAAAUACCCAUAUGUCGAAGUGAAUAGCAUUCUGGGGAUUGAUUCUGCUUAUGAUCAGAACCGGAAGGAUGCGAGAGGUUACUAUGAGCAGACUGGUGUUGGACCCCUGCCUGUUGUCUUGUUCAAUGGCAUGCCCUUUGAAAAGGAACAGUUAGAUCCUGAUGAGUUGGAAACCAUUACAAUGCACAAGAUCUUGGAGACCACCUCCUUCUUCCAAAGGGCGGUAUAUUUGGGUGAACUGCCGCAUGAUCAAGAUGUGGUAGAAUAUAUCAUGAAUCAGCCAAACGUUGUUCCAAGAAUCAAUUCUAGGAUUUUGACAGCUAAGCGAGAGUAUCUGGAUCUGACAGCAAGCAAUAACUUCUUUGUGGAUGAUUUUGCCAGAUUUUCUUCCUUGGACUCUAGGGGCAAGACUGCUGCCAUAGCCAACAGUAUGAACUAUCUAACAAAAAAAGGAAUGUCCUCCAAGGAAAUCUAUGAUGAUUCCUUUAUUAGGCCAGUGACUUUUUGGAUUGUUGGGGAUUUUGAUAGCCCAUCUGGACGGCAGUUAUUAUAUGAUGCCAUUAAACAUCAGAAAACCAGUAACAAUGUUAGGAUAAGUAUGAUCAAUAAUCCCAGCCAAGAGAUAAGUUACUCGAACACUCCAAUCUUCAGAGCCAUCUGGGCAGCUCUCCAAACACAGACUUCCAACUCAGCUAAGAACUUCAUCACCAAAAUGGCCAAAGAGGAGACAGCAGAGGCCCUGGCCGCAGGAGUGGACAUCGGGGAAUUCUCUGUUGGGGGCAUGGAUGUCAGUCUUUUUAAAGAGGCCUUUGAGUCUUCCAAAAUGGAUUCCAUUUUGUCUCAUGCGCUGUACUGCAGGGAUGUCCUGAAGCUGAAGAAGGGACAGAGAGUGGUGAUCAGCAAUGGACGGAUCAUUGGGCCGCUGGAGGAGAGUGAGCUCUUUAACCAAGACGAUUUCCACCUCCUAGAAAAUAUCAUCUUGAAAACAUCUGGACAGAAAAUAAAAUCUCAUAUCCAACAGCUUCAAGUAGAAGAAGACGUGGCAAGUGACUUGGUAAUGAAGGUGGAUUCUCUCCUGUCAGCACAACCCAAAGGAGAGGCAAGAAUUGACUACCAGUUCUUUGAAGACAAACACAGUGCAAUUAAACUGAAGCCCAAUGAAGGGGACACAUACUAUGAUGUGGUGGCUGUUGUUGAUCCUGUCACAAGAGAAGCACAGAGACUCGCCCCCUUGCUCUUGGUCUUGACUCAGCUGAUAAACAUGAAUCUAAGAGUAUUUAUGAAUUGCCAAUCUAAGCUUUCUGACAUGCCUUUAAAAAGCUUUUAUCGUUAUGUCUUAGAACCAGAGAUUUCUUUUACCGCAGACAACAGCUUUGCGAAGGGACCAAUAGCAAAGUUUCUGGAUAUGCCACAGUCUCCCCUGUUCACUUUGAAUUUGAACACACCUGAGAGUUGGAUGGUAGAAUCUGUCAGAACACCGUAUGAUCUUGAUAAUAUUUAUCUAGAAGAGGUGGACAAUGUAGUGACUGCUGAGUAUGAACUGGAAUACCUGUUAUUAGAAGGUCAUUGCUAUGACAUCACCACAGGCCAGCCCCCUCGAGGACUACAGUUCACUUUAGGAACUUCAGCCAACCCAACAAUUGUGGACACGAUUGUGAUGGCCAAUCUGGGAUAUUUUCAGCUUAAAGCCAACCCGGGAGCCUGGAUUCUCAGACUGAGGAAGGGGCGCUCUGAUGAUAUUUAUAGAAUCUACAGCCAUGAUGGCACAGAUUCUCCUCCUGAUGCAAAUGAAGUUGUUGUCAUCCUCAAUAACUUCAAAAGCAAGAUCAUCAAAGUGAAGGUUCAGAAGAAAGCAGACAUGGUUAAUGAAGACUUGUUGAGUGAUGGAACAAAUGAGAACGAAUCCGGAUUUUGGGAUUCAUUCAAAUGGGGCUUUUCAGGACAGAAGACUGAGGAAGUGAAGCAAGAAAAAGAUGACAUAAUCAAUAUUUUCUCUGUUGCAUCUGGUCAUCUCUAUGAAAGAUUUCUUCGCAUAAUGAUGCUCUCAGUGCUGAAGAAUACCAAAACUCCUGUGAAAUUCUGGUUCUUGAAGAAUUAUUUGUCCCCCACAUUUAAGGAGUUUAUACCUUACAUGGCCAGCAAAUACAACUUCCAGUAUGAGCUUGUUCAGUACAAAUGGCCGCGGUGGCUUCAUCAGCAGACAGAGAAGCAGCGGAUCAUCUGGGGCUACAAAAUCCUCUUCCUGGACGUGCUUUUCCCGCUGGUGGUUGACAAGUUCCUGUUUGUAGAUGCUGAUCAGAUUGUACGAACAGAUCUGAAAGAAUUAAGGGAUUUCAAUCUGGAUGGUGCCCCGUAUGGUUACACUCCUUUCUGUGAUAGCAGAAGAGAAAUGGAUGGCUACCGGUUCUGGAAGUCAGGAUACUGGGCCAGUCAUUUGGCUGGACGCAAAUAUCAUAUCAGUGCACUAUAUGUCGUGGAUCUGAAGAAAUUUAGGAAAAUAGCUGCUGGUGACAGACUCAGGGGACAGUACCAAGGUCUGAGUCAGGAUCCCAACAGUCUUUCAAAUCUUGAUCAAGAUUUGCCCAAUAACAUGAUCCAUCAGGUGCCCAUCAAAUCCCUCCCUCAGGAGUGGCUGUGGUGUGAGACGUGGUGCGAUGAUGCUUCUAAGAAGCGGGCAAAGACCAUCGACUUGUGUAAUAAUCCCAUGACUAAAGAGCCCAAACUGGAAGCUGCUGUGCGAAUCGUCCCCGAGUGGCAAGACUAUGAUCAGGAGAUCAAGCAGCUGCAGAUCCUCUUCCAAAAGGAGAAGGAACAAGAGAGGACACAGAGACCUCAGAAACAUGAAGAAUUAUGAUCUUUGGAGGAAGAUAGGAAAUCCGACCAUCUGACAGUUUUUGUACUAAAUGCUAGGGUUUUUUUUUUUUUUUUUUUUCUGAUCUGUCGAUACAACUGCUGAUAAACUGAUUAGGCAGGUGUACCACACCUAUUGAUUUAGACUACUGCACCCUAGUGGGUGCUGGAUCUUUGGGGCUAAGGCUCUGUUGGAUUUGUACCUCAGAGGAAGACACAUGGCUGAUCUUCUGGGACUCCCUUCACACCAGAGGGAGAAAUGGUGGCAGCAAUUGAAAGAAACUGAGUCUUUGGUGCCCACAUCCAAGAGCACACAUUGCUGCCCUGGCUCAGAAGCUGGCCAGAAAAGCCACCAUGUCCUUCCUUACCUCAGUUUACCUGCAGCCCUCGCUGCACGGCAGAUGCCCACCCUGCACAGGUCAGGCCGGCAGAUGCUUCAUCCAAGGUCCAUGCCUCAAGGUCUAUGCCAGCAUGCUUCUCACAUCUCCUGCCCCACGGUCUCUUCCCAAGCAUUAGGCUCAUUGUUGAAUUGAGCCCAACCGAUAAUCAUGUGUCUUCAGGGUUGGCUCAGUUGCUAAGAAAUCAGUCUUCAGGAGAACUGGGGUGGCUUGGGUGAGGGUUGGGGAAAUGAUGGGCAGAGGAAGAGUUUUGUGGUGUUCAAAGGUAGAAGACAAAAAAAUUGGCCAUUCUCUUUCAGUCCAUUGUGGCUUAAUUUAAAGGAAGCUUUAUUCUAUUCACAGUGAACUUUCUAGGUGAUUGUUUUGUAAACAAUUUUUAUAUUUAUGAAAAUGUUUGCUUUUUCUUCCUACUUUCUAAAAAACUAUUGGUAUAAGUUUCCUGGCUGGGCACAGAUGUACUGAGUCCCUCAGUGAUCCAUCUCAGUGUACUCAGCCUCCAUCUGGAUGGCCACCAUCCUGUCUGCCCCUCAGACCGUGUCCUUGGACUUUUCUUUCCCAGAUGCUCUCAGACCUAUGGAACUCGGUUUCCUAUAUUGUCUUUUCCCCUUUUAUUUGGCUCUGUGGGUUGCCUUUGGCUUUUAAGACAUGCCCAAGGCCUGGUCCAGUUUUAAGGGUUUCUCUGUGUAGCUUUGGAGCCUAUCCUGUGUGAAGCAGCAGCUGUGAUUGCUUUGUGUGUCCAUGGCCACAGCCCAGCCUCACCUGAUCAGGAGCAUCCUGGGCUGGGGAGCCUGUGAUGUGGUGUUAACCUGGCUGCACGGGUGUGUGGUAUCGUCUCUGCCCAGGAAUCAGGGAUCUGCAGCAGAGAGUUAGAGCAUUGCUGGAUACUGGCCUGCCUUCUAGCUCACGGGAGCUGUUCUUCCCUCUUUAACCUGCCUUUAAAAAAUAAGAAGGGAGCUGGUGUGUGGUUCAGUGGCAGACAAAGUGCUUGUCUAGCAAGCUCAAGGCCCUGUGUUCCAUCCCAGGACUGCACCCCCACUCCCACCCCAAAUAAAAGAGUAAAUAUGAAGAGUGAACACACACUGAUAAGUCCCUGCACAUCUGAGCGAGGCAAUACAUGUGUUCCAAGGAAGAAGAAUCUUCAGUAGCCAUAGUUGGGUUUUGAAUGGGCAGUUAUUAAGUAAUAAAUAGUGAAAGAUGCAAAACAUCAUCGAUUGGGAACUCACAUGACCAGCAGAAACCCCUUACCUCAGCCACCAGCUGGAGCUCCCCACUUAGUGUCCUAGGCAGAGCAGAGUGAUCCCUCAGGUAAGGCUUCCAAGUAAAAGAACAAAGAGCAAACCUAAAGUACCAUCGUCAGAUUCGGUGCUCAGAACAUCCUGCAGAAACCAGCGGGGGAUGCUGAAGCAGGCAGCUGGAGUUCCCUUUCUCCAGGCUGAGCUUGCAGGUCCCUUUCCCACUGCGGGCACUUUGGUAGCAGGGCUAGGCUGAUUCCUCCGACCUUGGGAAGGAUCUGGGAAUGAGUGACUUCCCAGCUAUGUUCCAGGAUGUCAUAUUUUGACUCAUCCCCAGACAAAGGGCCUUGGAGGACACUUUGAGAUAAACAUGUUCCAUAGCCAGCUUCCUAGCUCGCAUAUGACAUCAACACACUCUACAUUGCAACAAGAAUUUUGGUUUUGGUUUUGGGUUUUUGGUUUUUUCGAGACAGGGUUUCUCUGUGUAGCUUUGGAGCCUAUCCUGGCACUCGCUCUGGAGACCAGGCUUGCCUCGAACUCACAGAGAUCCGCCUGCCUCUGCCUCCUGAGUGCUGGGAUUAAAGACGUGUGCCACCAACGCCCGGCUUGCAACAAGAAUUUUUAAAAUAAAGAUUUCACCACACAUAUGUCAAGUAAUUGAUUUUUCCCCCCUAUUUUCAAAUCCAAGAGUUAACUUAGAGCCAGCCUUUGUUUAGGCUUUAUGUCCACAUUGUAUUACGUUCAGGGAUGCCACUGCUGCUGUCCUCAACUGUAGGUAGAAACACGGUGUUCCCAGUGUAGUGGGAGCCUGUAAGAGCCAGAAAUAGUCAGGUCACAGGGAUGUGCUUUUAAAUGUGGGCCCCAAUGGCCACUUCCCUUCUUUGUACCAAGUCAUUUACACUUCCUCUAUGGGAAAGCAAGGUGCAGAGUGUCCUCUGUGGUCCUUCAGUCCUUCUUGUGUCACCACCCCGACAUAGUCAUAUUAAUAGUUGAUGCUGGAUAGGCCAGGCAGGCACAGCUUUCGUCUAAAGUUGUCCAGGCCUUCCUCUGUCAGCUUCUUCCUUGCUUCCUGUGGACUAACCAUCUCUACAAAUUAGGCAAAUGCCCUAGGAAGGGUGUGCCUGUUGGUCUCAUCUGAUAUCUCCACCGUGAAAAGGCAUACUGUGACUGAAACGACUUUCGAAGAAGCAGGAAAUAACUGAUCACAUGGGUGGUCCAAGCUUCUGGAAAGUUUGUUUUUGUUCUUGGUGUGCAUGUAUAUAUAAUUUUUUUCUUGUCAUGUAGUAGUAGUAGUAGAAAGUUUCCUUUCUGAAUCAGUAGGGUAGUGUGAACUGUGACAUGCCAGAAUUACAGGCACCGGUGUGAGUCGGUCUCUGUGUUCUGUGGAAAGUGGCACUUGAUUGGUAUCUAGGGAUGAUGGGGCACAGCUCUCCAGCAUCCUGGAUUUAAUGCAAAGUUGACAGUAGUGGUGUGUUAGCUUCAUAAGACAGUUGACAUUGUUAGUCUGGCAGAAGCUGCAUUUCUGAUUGAACAUGUUUGUCUGCAGGUGCACACGCACUGUGCCGGGCCAGUCUGGUCAGAGGCAGGCUCCAUGGCAGAGCUGGAUUUCCUCCAUUCCCUUGGAAAUGUUGUGAAUGUUCUGAACCUUGCUGAGGUGAUGGCCUGACAUAUGCUCUUAGGCUGAGAGAGAGCCAGUGAUAUAGAAAGAAAAAAGGAACAGGAAGUAACCUUGACUGCUGUGAUUUAGAACUGGCCAGACAGCUGUCACAUGGUCAGGAGUACAGUGUCCUAUCUCCUCCAUGACUAAAUCUUUUUCUAAAAUUGUACUUCUUAGACCUGCAUGACUAAAAGAAAUCGUUUGCCUGAGGAGUUGAGAGGGAGCCCUGGUCCACUUUGCUGGAUAGAUUUCAUGGGAAGCUGUCUAGUGGGAAAUGUCCUGGUGACAUGGACAGAUUCUUUACUGUGACUUCCAGGGCUCCGUCUUUUUAGUGAGUUGUCAAAUACUUGGCUUCCUGGGGAUAUUGUGUGAUGACCAGAGUCGAUCAAAAGGCUCAUCGUGUUUCUUGUUUAGUAGCAUUUUGUUGUUGUUGAAAUUCACGAGCACUUGUCUUCUCUGCCUUAAGGUAAUGAGGAAAGUCUUACUGAGGACUUCUCACAUGCCAGAUCGCGUUCAAGCACAUUAAACAUUGUCGCUCAGGAAGUUACUGAAAUUUCCAAAUGUCUGGAAGGUUCUCAUUUGUCAUUCAUUCCUGGUGUUUUGUCUCUCCAUAAUAACAGAAAGAGCCCUUCUGUGUUCCAUAGCAGUGGUGAGUCCAUGAAUUGGGCAGAGUCUCCUUCUCAUGUUGUUAUUGAAUGCAGCUGGUGAUAGAGUCAGCACCAAGCAUCAGCAAUGCCAUGAGGAAGUCCAUGAAGUUGGGGACAGAAAGCAGGCGACCACUCCUAUGUCUCUGGGUCCCUAGCAAUGUGGAGGGUCUGUGACUCAUGAGUAGGACUUGGAGCCAUGUUCUCUUCCCGCCUGUGCUUUCUGCACUGCCUUACUUGUCCCCAUUGAGCUCAACAGAGAAAUGGGCACCAUUCCCUUAACCAAAAUGCAAACUACACUAACCUAAGGUUGGCAGUUUGGAACAAAAAACUUCCAAGCACUCUGUUUUCCAGCCAAAAAAAAAAAAAAAGGAAAAUGGAGACAAAGCUUUGGGUUUUUAAGGAAACUGUGUCCUACUUUCCAUUCAAACCUCACUUAGCGUGAGGUUAAUGUCUGUGAAUGUCUUAGUCCAAAGGAAUGCUGGUUUUAUUAUGAGAGUAAGCUCUGCUCAAUACAAUAAACUUCCUCCUCCUUCUUUACA